UUGUAUGGGCGAUUGGGCGUAGUCACAAAACAAGGCGUGGUCCCAGAUAUGGCAGAAGAAGCAGCUUUCCUGAAUGCUCUCAGAAGACUGGAAUUGGAGCAGGAUAGAAGCCAGGAAAUAAGACCCAAAGUUUUGGAUGAGGUUACACUUGAUGGCAUAGUCAAACACAUACAGAAACUAGCAGCAUCUAAUGAUGCUAACAGGAUCAUCGUAAUGACUGGGGCAGGAAUAUCAACUGCUGCAGGUAUUCCUGAUUUCCGUACACCAGGCACUGGACUUUAUGACAACCUACAGAAGUACAACCUGCCUAGUCCACAGUCAAUAUUUGACAUAUCAUACUUUCCAAUGAAUCCUAAGCCAUUCUUUCACCUUGCUAAAGAAAUGUAUCCAGGGAAUUUCAAACCAACACUUUGUCACUAUUUCAUUCGACUCCUGGAAACAAAGGGACUUUUGUUGAGGAGCUACACACAGAAUAUUGAUACUCUUGAACGAAGAGCUGGAAUAGCUGAUGAGCAUCUUGUGGAGGCUCAUGGAGCUUUUCACCUUGCUCAUUGCAUUACCUGUGGCAAAGAAUAUCCACAUGAAUAUGUGAAAGAGCAAGUGUUUGCUGAUAAAAUACCACUCUGUACUGAAACUGAUUGUGCCUAUGAGCCAACAGAAGAAGGAGAGGCAUACAAAGGAAUAGUUAAACCAGAUAUUGUUUUCUUUGGUGAAGCUCUGCCUAAAAGAUUUGGUGAACUUGCCAGUAAAGAUCUUCAGAAGUGUGACUUGCUGAUUGUAAUGGGCACUUCGCUUACUGUACAACCAUUUGCUUCUCUUCCUAGCAAAGUUAGAGAAGAUUGUCCUCGUUUGCUCAUUAAUUACGAAAAAGUUGGUGAAGGGCAAGCUGAUCCUCUCAUGAUGUUGCUUGGCAUGGGUGGAGCUGGUUUUGAUUUUGGUGAUAAAGCAUACAGAGAUGUGUUCCUUCAAGGUACGUGUGAUGAGGGAGUGAAGGAAUUGGCAAAGAGACUUGGAUGGGAAGAAGAGUUGAUGAGUUUGUACAACAGUGAGCAUCAAAAACUGUCUGAAACUCCCAAAGAAAAAGAAAAGGCUGAAGCAGAACCAACAAAGAAAGUAGAAGAAAAAGAGAAAGAAAGUGGUCAAGUGGAGGGGCCAGGUGAAAAGAAAAUAGAAAAAGUUGAUGAUGAUAUGUCCAAGAAAGCAGAAGGAAAAGAAAGUGCAUCAGUUGAGAAGAAAAAAGAAGAUAAAGGUGCAACACCUCAAAAAGCAGAGGGAAAGAGCCUGAAAUAGCUGAAAA